CAAUGACGGCUACCGUUUCACCAACAGAGUUGGAUUUGGAAUUGGAAAUAGCCGGUAAACUGGCUGCAAAUGAUGUUGCUAAUCAAAAUCAACAAAAGAGACGAGUUUCUAAACAAAAUGAAACAGAUGAUAUAGAACCAUUAACUACAGCGGUUGUUCCUCCCCUUCCACCCCCACCACUAGGAAAACGUUUGUCCACAGCCUCAGCCGGUGCUUUCUCUCUUUUUUCAAAUACGGCAGGAGAUGGAUCAACAUCUUAUUUACGUCUAGUUAAUUGGUUGUGCUCAAUGUCUGGAAUAUUGUUUGGAUAUUCCUCUUCCUCAAUUAAUGAUUCGAUUCCUUUUAUGCGUCGUGAGUUAGGAUUAACUCCUGCUGGAGUAGGAUUGAUCACCUCAUGUUUUCUAGUGGGUGCUGCAUUUGGAAGUAUUAUUGGGGGAAGAUUAGCAGAUCGUUUCGGGCGUAAACGAACGCUUGUAUUAAAUGAAAUUUUGUUUAUACUUGGAACACUUGGAACUUCCCUGGCACCCAAUUUUGAGACAGUAUUAGCUACCCGCCUUUUCCACGGAUUUUCUUCGGGUGGAAUAACUUCUGUUGCCCCAGUUUUGCUAGCAGAAACAUCGACGCCAGAACAGCGAUCACAAAGUGUAACAAUGGCACUCCUGAUUCUUGUUUUUGGAGAAUUUUGUGUUUUUGUUGUUGGGGCAGUUCUUGGCAACGUCUGGUAUGAAAACGAUGCGAUUUGGCGUUGGAUUAAUGUAUUAAUUGUUGUUCCAGCAGUGAUUCUGCUUAUUUUACAUAUUCUUAUUGUUCCAGAAAGUCCUCGCUGGCUUGCUCAAAAUGGAAAAGCAAAUCUUGCAUGGAAAACGCUUAGAAGAAUGCGACGAUCUUCGGCUCAAACACGACACGAAUUACGGUAG